AUGGCGCCCAAGGACAAAUACACAGACCCUGAACUACGCGACCAGGUCAAAGAGGAAAUCCACCAGGGUGACAAGGGCGGUAAACCGGGCCAAUGGUCGGCGCGCAAGGUACGUCAGGUUCUUUCGAACUUGCGCCUUUAUACUUCGUACGCGAGAACGGACUGGACUGACCGACUCCAGGCACAAAUGAUGGCCUCGGAAUACAAGAAGCGCGGCGGCGACUACACUACGGACAAGGACAAUAAGGACGAAUCGCAGAAGCAUCUGCAGCAGUGGACGGAGGAGGAGUGGCAGACGAAAGAGGGAUCGGGAACGGCGCGGAGGGAUGACGGGACGCGGAAGCGGUAUCUGCUGAAGCAGGCGUGGGCGCAGAUGGACGCCGAUCAGAAGGAGGAGACCGAGGCGAAGAAGGUAGAGGGAUCGAAGGGGGGCAAGCAGUUUGUUGGGAAUACCGCGAAGGCAAAGGAUGCGAGGCGGAAGGCUCAGAAGGAUGUUGCGGCGGAGGGGGGAGGUCGAAGGGACGGGCCAAAGACUCGGAGUUCGGACAAGAAGGAAGAUGAGGAGGAGUCGGAUGCUGGUGAGGGAGACGAGAAGAAGAGUGCCGGGACGAAACGCACUGCAAAGCAGUCGGGAGGGUCCAAUAAGAAGCAGAAGGAGGAUGGGCGAACGGGAAAGCCGAAGGGGGCCCAAGUUGAGGAAGGCGAGGAAGACGGGGAAGAUGAAGAGUAUGACGAAGAUGAACAUGCAGAAGAGGAUGCAGAAGAAGACGCAGAAGAAGGCGCAGAAGAAGGCGCAGAAUAA